AUGGGACAAAUAGUCGCUAAUGAUCGCCAGAGAUAUUACUUUUUCAGGGGUCCAAAUUACACAAUAGAUGCAGCCAACAUAUCAUCCAUCGCAAAAGUGUUCUUUGGUUUCAUCCAAAAAAUAUAUGUCCUUUUUUCCAAAUCCAGCAAGAGAUUGGAAUUAGUAAAGGAUAAAUUGAAAAUAACCUUAAAAUCGUUGUCUGAUACAAGAUGGGAAAGCCGAAGUGCUUCAGUGAAAGCUAUAUUAUUUCAGUUUGAUGAUAUUAUCGAUUGUAUAAAUAAUCUGGAAAAUCAAUCUGAAGAUGUAGACACUCUUUGCGAUUGCCAAGCAAUUGUAACUGAAAUGCUAACUCUGGAAUUUAUUAUCUCGAUACACGUGUGGUACGAAAUAUUAAACCGCGUCAAUAACAUAAGUAAGAUCUGGCAAAAAGUCGAUAUAAAUUUAAAAGUUGCUAUUGACAAUUUGCGCAAUUUUUGUGGCUGGAUCCACAAAUUUCGGGAAACAGGCUUUAAUGAAUGUACUGCAAAAGCCUACAAAUUCAUAGAAACGAGCAGUUGUGAGAUUCCAAUGACUUUUAAAGAGAAAAGGAUUCGCAAGAAAAAGAAAAUGUUUAAUUAUGAAGCUGUAGAUGAGCCUAUUGAUUCCGCUGAAAGUAGAUUUAGAAUUGAUUUUUUAUUACAAUGGUUGACGCCGUGA